GCUACAACGCGCUGUGUAGUUGUUAUAGCUAGUGGUCAAGUCUGCGCGUGCGUGCAAGUGAGGCUAACCCGGUGGCAGGCUUGCGAUGACUGGUGGAGGGUUCGCCGUGGCCGAUGCCCCGUCGGGCAACUACGGCGGCGGCAUAACCUUCUCCGUCGUGGUCACCUGCCUCAUGGCAGCCUCCGGUGGCCUCAUCUUCGGCUACGACAUCGGCAUCUCAGGGGGCGUGACGGCGAUGGAGUCAUUCCUGGAGGAAUUCUUCCCGGGCGUGCUCCGACGGAUGGCGGCGGCGCGGCGGGACCAGUACUGCGUCUACGACAGCCACGUGCUCACGGCGUUCACGUCGUCGCUGUACCUGGCGGGGCUGGUCGCGUCGCUCGCGGCUGGCCGGGUCACCAGGGCGGUCGGGAGACAGGCAGUCAUGCUAGCUGGCGGCGCGUUCUUCUUCGCCGGCGCCGCCGUGAACGCCGCAGCGGUGAACAUCGCCAUGCUCAUCGUCGGCCGCAUGAUGCUCGGCUUCGGCAUCGGCUUCACCAACCAGGCGGCGCCGGUGUACCUGGCGGAGACGGCGCCGGCCAAGUGGAGGGGCGCCUUCACGACGGGGUUCCAGCUCUUCCUCGGCAUCGGCAACCUCGCGGCCAACCUCACAAACUACGGCGCCGCGCGCAUCCCGCGGUGGGGCUGGCGGCUCUCCCUCGGCCUGGCGGCGGUGCCGGCGGCCGUCAUCCUCGUGGGCGCCCUGCUCAUCCCGGACACUCCCAGCAGCCUCAUCGUGCGCGGGCGGGUGGAGCAGGCGCGCGCCGCGCUCCGCCGUGUCCGCGGCCCCACGGCCGACGUGGACGCUGAGCUGGAGGACGUGGCCCGCGCGGUCGAGGUGGCGCGCUCCAACGAGCAGGGCGCGUUCCGGAGGAUCCUCAGGAGGGAGUACCGCCCCCACCUGGUGAUGGCCGUGGCCGUGCCGCUCUUCCAGCAGCUCACCGGGGUCAUCGUCAUCGCCUUCUUCUCGCCGGUGCUGUUCCAGACGGCUGGGUUCGGGAGCAACGCCGCGCUGAUGGGCGCCGUCAUUCUCGGCGCCGUCAACCUCGGCUCCGCCCUCGUGUCCGUCGCCACGGUGGACCGCUACGGUCGCAGGCCGCUGUUCUUGGCUGGUGGACUCGUCAUGAUCAUGUGCCAGGUUGCGGUUGCGUGGAUCAUGGGGUCGCAGAUCGGCCGUGACGGCGAGUCCGCGAUGGCGAGGAAGUACUCCGUCGCGGUGCUGGCUCUGACAUGCGUGUUCUCGGCGUCGUUCGGGUGGUCGUGGGGUCCCCUGACGUGGGUGAUCCCCGGCGAGAUAUUCCCGGUGGAGGUCCGGUCGGCGGGGCAGGGCAUCAGCGUGGCCGUCAACCUCGGCGCCACCUUCGUGCUCACGCAGACGUUCCUCUCCAUGCUGUGCAGCUUCAAGUACGCCACGUUCAUCUACUACGCGGCCUGGGUCGCCGUCAUGACAGCCUUCGUGGUGGCAUUCCUGCCGGAGACCAAGGGAGUGCCCCUGGAGGCCAUGGGCGCCGUCUGGGCGCGGCACUGGUACUGGGGACGCUUCGUCAAGGUGCAGCAGCCGCCCAAGAACACCGACGCGCUCAUAAACUGACGACGUUUAGCGCCUUUGUCAUCGUGGCAAAGAUGGGUAUGGGUGUGGCUUUGAUCUCCGUACCCGUACGUGUUUGUGUCUGUGUGUUCGUGUGUGGGUAUAUGGAGCCGCAGUGCUGCUUGUGGAAAGAUUUGUGUUUCUUUUUUCUUUUCGUUUUCUUUUCUUUUGUGGAAAAAUGAUUGUUGUUUCGUGCUGUUGUAGUACGUCCAUUCGUCAUUCCGGAUUGAAUAACAUUCGUUGUCUGCGCUAGCAAGAAGAAAAUGACACAUACAAGAAAAUGGACUCAUCAAGACUUGUUUGAGAGUUACAAAUGACUGUAAAACCAAGGUUUAUUUCCCAUAACAAUUGUUUGAGUGUCAAGUUCA